GCUAUAUAUAUAUUGGAAAAAAUAUAGUUGACAUUCCUUAAUUUAACGUGUGUAAAAUGGUACAUUCUGCAUUUUCUUUGUCAAUAGCAAUACAGAACCCUCAAGAGGAGCAGAUCAUCACAUCCCCUGCACCAUCAUAUCCUAAAAGAGAAGUUGAGGGUGAAGCCGGUGUGUCGUUAACAUGGAAAGACCUGUCGGUUACGGUCAUGGAUGGAAAACACGGCAGAAGUAGCCGGUCUAUACUUCAGGGAGUAACGGGUUAUGCAAGGCCAGGGGAAAUCCUGGCAAUCAUGGGUCCUUCUGGUUCUGGCAAAUCCACCCUCCUUGAUGCCUUAUCAGGGAGACUCGACUCCAAUGUAAAGCAGAGUGGUGAUAUUUUGAUUAAUGGAUUCAAGAAAAGACUAGCAUAUGGAACAUCGGCUUAUGUAACUCAAGACGAUACACUCAUUACAACACUUACUGUCCGAGAAAGUGUCUACUAUUCUGCACAACUCCAGCUACCAAAUUCCAUGUCAAAGGCCGAAAAAAGGGAGAGAGCUGAAAUGACCAUAAGAGAGAUGGGACUUCAAGAUUCUAUGGACACGAGGAUUGGAGGAGGUUGGGGAGCUAAAGGCCUAAGUGGAGGCCAAAAAAGACGAGUUAGCAUCUGUAUUGAGAUCAUAACUCGUCCUAAGCUUCUGUUCCUUGAUGAACCGACGAGUGGCCUUGAUAGUGCCGCCUCAUACUACGUGAUGAGCAGGAUUGCAAGGCUUGAUCAUCACCAAGGCAGGACCAUCAUUGCAUCCAUACACCAACCUAGCACUGAAGUGUUUGGGCUUUUCCAUAAUCUUUGCCUACUUUCUUCUGGUAAAACAGUUUAUUUCGGGCCCACAAGCUGUGCAAAUGAAUUUUUCGCUUCAAAUGGCUUUCCUUGUCCCACUUUCCAGAAUCCAUCAGAUCACUUUCUAAAAACAAUAAACAAGGAUUUCGAUGAGGAUAUGGAAGGCUCAAACAGAAGGAUAUCUACCGAGGAAGUAAUUAGUACCUUAACAAAUUCAUACGAGUCAUCUGUGGCCAGUGAAGAAGCUAAGAAUAGAGUUGCUGAUAUAUGCAAGAAGGGAGAUGGAACAGUAGAGAUAAAGAAAAACCAUGCUAGUUUUUCAACUCAAUGCUUUGUACUCAGCAGGCGGUCUUUCAUCAAUAUGUACCGAGAUCUUGGCUACUACUGGUUGCGGCUUGCUAUAUAUCUAGCAUUGUCCUUAGGUAUUGGAACACUCUACUAUGAUGUUGGCUCAAGUUCCACUUCCAUUCAGGCUAGAAGUUCCAUGUUGAUGUUUGUGGCCACAUUCUUAACAUUUAUGGCCAUUGGUGGAUUUCCCUCAUUCGUAGAGGAUAUGAAAGUUUUCGAACGUGAAAGAUUAAAUGGGCAUUACUCAGUUGGAGCUUUUGUGAUUGCCAACACGUUAUCGUCAACACCAUUUUUGUUUCUAGUUUCAGUGAUUCCAGCAGUAUUAGCGUAUUACCUUACAGGACUACGUGAAGGCUUUAAUCACUUUGCAUAUUUCACAAUCGUACUUUUUUCAUGUAUGAUGCUAGUUGAGAGCCUAAUGAUGGUUGUGGCAAGUCUUGUACCCAAUUAUUUAAUGGGAAUCAUUAUAGGCGCUGGGAUCCAAGGCAUGAUGAUGUUAGCGGGUGGAUUCUUUCGCUUACCUAAUGAUUUGCCAAAACCAUUCUGGAGAUACCCAAUGUUCUACAUUGCAUUUCAUAGGUAUGCAUUUCAAGGAUUCUACAAGAACGAGUUUAAAGGACAAGUAUACACAUAUAGCGAAGGCGGUGUGAGAGAAAUCGUGUAUGGAGAGGAUGUGUUAAAAGAGAAAUGGCAGGUUGAAAUGGGUUACUCAAAGUGGGUUGAUUUGGUGAUCAUAUUAGGGAUGGUGGUGAUCUAUAGACUUACUUUUUGGCUUAUAAUCAAGAUUGUUGAGAAGGUUAAAUCUCGUAUGAAGGGUUUGACGUUUCUAGUUCUUGCGAAUGAGACCAAGCGAGUGACGGUGAAUCCUCUUGUCACACCUUCCCAUUAAGUAUGUCAUCGUAUUUGUAACACAAAAAAUAGAGUUUCGUGACUUUCUGUGAAAGUAAAUAGAUUUUGUUUCAAAUUGUACUUUUAGGUUGGAUAUAGUAUAUCUAUGUGUCUCUUCGCAAUGGAAACAAUGACAUCAUACAU